CGCCCAUCACCCUCUUGUUCCCUUCUCCUUUCCCUUGCCUUGUAUUCCUCCUCCCCUACCUUAGCGUCUCCUUGCCGCGACCCGCAGAAUCCUCCCAGGCGGCCUCGGCGCCGCCGCCGCCGCCGCCGCUGCAGCCGAGGAUUUUCUGGCGGCUACGGGCGAGGCUGCUGGUAUCCCUGGCUAGCCGCGGCACGAAUUUGAAGUCGGAUAUAAGAAAUCAACCUUGCAUCUGUGUUCUCUGUAGCACUUUACUUUGGAUUGCAGAGAUUUUUCAAACCAACCAACAACACCCUUGCAUCUGACUGACUUGAGGUAACUAUGCCAAAGGACAGGAGCUCCCGUUCAGUCUCUCAUGAGCGAUGCCGGUCUCGUGUUUCGCCAUACAAGUUGCGGAGUGGUUCUCGCCAGUCAGAGGAGUCUGCCGCAGCAGUAAAGCAGGCUGCAGAAUGGGAGGAGGUUCGCUGCCCAGUAUGCAUGGAUCACCCUCACAAUGCUGUUAUGCUUGUCUGCUCAUCUCACGAGAAGGGCUGCCGUCCUUUCAUGUGCGACACAAGCUACCGGCACUCCAAUUGCCUUGAUCAGUACCGCAAGGCCUCCAAGGAGUCCUCUAAGGAUUCGGCAGGGACAGCAGAAUGCAUCGAGUGCCAGCAGCCAGUGAAAUUGGCAUGUCCAUUAUGUCGUGGGCCAGUUAGCCAUUGGACCAAGGACUAUGAUGCACGAAAGUUCAUGAACUCUAAGGAUCGAGCAUGCACCAUGGAGUCAUGUGAGUUCAAGGGUUCGUACAACCAGCUGAGGAAGCACGCCAGGGAGGAUCAUCCUGCUAUACGACCAAUGGAGGUGGACCCUGAUCGGCAGCGAGACUGGCAUAGGAUGGAGCAGCAGCGUGAUCUCGGUGACUUGUUCAGCAUGCUGCGUUCAGGGUUCAGUGGCAGGGAAGAUGGAGCCGGAAUUGUCGAAGCUGAAGAGGGUGCCAUUGAGAGAUCCUUGCACGGCCCGUCUAUCACAAUGGUCUUCAUUGUGCGGUCAGGCAGAUCCUUCCUACACUACACAGAUGGGGAAGUCCCAGGGCGUCGAUCAAGAACAAUACUUGUGCUGGGGGAGCCUAUUCGUGGUGAAUCCUCUCGAACAAGAGGGGCAAACAGUAAUGGUGAUGCUGAGGCCACUACUACCGACAACGAGGAAGCAGAUGACUUGGGGCUGUCCAUGGAGGCAUCUGCUGGUUCUCAGCAAGAUGUGGGAGAAGUUGACGGUGACACUGCACAAUGAUCCAGCUUAAGGUGGUCCCAUGGUGCUCAUGAGAACUCAGGAGCCUAACCUGGAAGCUGUCUAUCAGAUCCAGGGUUCGUCGGGGUGUCGAGGAUCACCUUUGUUUGCAAAGAAAUAUUUGUACCAGCUUGUCUCAGGCGUAGUCAGGACAUUCUGCCUACGUGCAAGAACAAAUCACUGGGGGAAUUAGCAGCGUGGUUGAGUUUAGUAGUGUGGCUUUCAAUACAUCAGCUGGAAUCUGUCGGCAAAUAGAAACAUCAAAGUUGGCGUUGUCUUAUUAAUCAUGUCCUACACCGGUGAACUUCCGCUGCAUUGUAAUUCUCUUGCCGAACAGAUUCUUUCCUGCUGAAUUUGGUUCGUUGCGUUGUAAUUCCAUCUGGAAUAGAUUCUUCUGCAUCAGAAAAUUUGAUCAUAUCACAGUUCAAGAU